GAAGGAUUUGAGUGCGACGCCGUCUUCCUGUGCGCUGAGCCACGUCUGUCUCCUGCUCUGGAUUCGGGAUUCACCUGUCGGUUCACUUUCUGACCCCCUAAAAAACAAAACAAAAAAAAAAAGAAGAAGAUGUCUAACUCGGUGCUUUGUGUAAUUUCUCGGUUUUUGCAUGAAUACGGCGGCUCCACGCCGAACAAGCUGAAGUUGGUGGACGCCUAUAUGCUGUACAUUGUGCUGACCGGAGCGAUGCAGUUCUUGUACUGCCUGCUGGUGGGAACUUUCCCCUUCAAUUCAUUCCUGUCCGGGUUCAUAUCGUGUGUCGGCUGCUUCAUCCUCGCAGUGUGUCUUCGUAUCCAGGUAAACCCCAACAACAAGGGGGAAUUCCUGGGGAUCUCCCCGGAACGUGCGUUUGCUGACUUCCUGUUCGCUCACACAGUCCUGCACCUGGUGGUCGUCAAUUUCAUUGGCUGAGCCCUCCAGACCACGCCCACGUCACAGGUUCAGGAAAAAAAAAAUAAACAUCACAGUAUACCAGCCCUGGCAAAGUGGUCCGGUCGAGUGACUUUUGGAGGGGACGGAUUUCAUUUCUGGUUCCGUUUGUUCGUAUUUCAUCCAGGUUCUGUUGAUUUGUGACGAGAAGCUUUUGUUAAUAAAUCAAAUUUACAUAAAAAAA